AUGGGAAAGACAACUGAGGAAGCUCAACAAUUGAUCGAAGAAAUGGCUGCUAACAACUAUCAAUGGACAAACGAACGAGGUAAUACAAGGAGAACCGCAGGUAUGCUCGAAGUAGAUACCUUGAAUAUGUUAAGUGCAAAAAUGAAUAAUGUGGUUAAGAUACUUAAUAGGCAUGUUGGUGCUAGUUCUAAUCAAGGAAUAGUUGUUGCAUGUUGUACCACUUGCGACGGAGAUCAUGAUGAUUUUAUGUGUUCUAACAGUGAACAGGAGUCCAAAGCAGCUUGGGAAUUGAUAAUUGAGAAGCUGGCAAAUGUAUCAAAUGAUAAAAUUGAAAAGUUAACCAGUGCCACUACUCAACGGUUUGAAAGAAUUGAAGGAAUGAUGGACCAACUCACCAAUAUGUACAGGAAUGUUGACGUUCAAUUAGGCCAAAUUGCUAAUGCGGUUAACAAUCGCAACCAAUGGGACUUACCUAACAAGACUGAGGUGAACCCAAGAGAACAUGUGAAGGCUAUAACCCUCCGUAGUGGUAAGGAAUUAGGUGAGUCACCGGUAGUUGAAAGUGGAAGAGAGUUUGAAAGAAGAGAAAAUAAGAAAUUGAGUGAAUUAGGAGAGGAUGGCAAGAAAAUCAAAGGGAAAGAAAAGAUGGAGAAAAAUGAACCACAAAUAGGAGAUACAAUACCAAUUCCUCCACCGGUGCCAUUCCCUCAAAGAUUGAAGCUUUCGAGAAAUGACAAAAAAUUUGAGAAAUUCCGUCAUAUGCAAAAUUUCGCAAAAUUUCUCAAGGAGAUAAUGACCAAGAAAAGGAAGUUGGUAGAUAAUGAGACAAUUGCAUUAGCGGAAGAAUGUAGUGCAAUCAUACAAAAUAAAUUACCACCAAAGUUGAAAGAUCCGGGGAGUUUCACAGUUCAUUGCACUAUCGGUAAUGUAGAAUUUUCUAAAGCACUUUGUGAUCUUGGUGCAAGUGUUUCAUUGAUUCCUUUAACUGUGGCUAGGCAAUUAGGGUUGAAAGAGUUAAAGCGUACUAACAUUUCCUUGCAAUUGGUUGACAGGUCUAUUAGACAUCCAAUGGGCGUAUUGGAGAAUGUACUCAUUAAAGUACAAAAAUUCAUUAUUCCUGUUGAUUUUGUUGUUUUAGAUAUGGAAGAAGAUGUAAAUGUACCUAUUAUACUUGGUAGACCAUUUCUGGCCACUGCAGGUACAAUAAUAGAUGUCAAACGAGAUAAGUUUAAGUUUCAAAUCGGUGAAGAGGAAGUGGAAUUUGAUUUGAAUAAAGUGGAGAAAUAUCCCUCUUUUACCGAUCAUGUUUAUUCUGUUGGUAUAUGUGAUGAAUUGGCAUUAGAAAUGAGUCAAGUUAAUCUUGAUAACGAUUCUCUUGAACUUUGUCGUAAUGGUGUAGGCUUACAAGAGGAGCAAGUUGAAGAAAUGAUUGAAUUUUUGCAGGCACGGGUUCCUUACAAAAGGAGAAAUGCAUAUGAGGAGUUAGGACUGAGUAAAGGGCUACCGCCACCAUUAUGUGAGCAAGCACCACAAUUUGAGUUUAAGCCGCUGCCUAAGCACCUCAAAUACGCGUUUCUUGGAGAAAAAGAGACAUUGCCGGUGAUCGUCAAUGCAGAAUUAGAUGAGGACCAAUUAGAUAAGCUAUUGCGUGUUUUAAGGAAGCAUUUGAAGGUUAUAGGAUGGACAAUUUCUAAUGUUAAAGAAAUUAAUCCAACUAUUUGUAUGCACAGAAUUUUAUUGGAAGAAAAUUCUAAACAUGAAAGAAGUGGAUACAAUCAAAUAGUCAUUGCAUCGGAAGAUCAAGAGAAGAUUACAUUCACUUGUCCUUACGGCACUUUUGUAUUUCGAAAAAUGCCUUUUAGACUGUGCAAUGCACCGGCCACCUUCCAACGGUGCAUGAUGGCAAUUUUCUCUGAUUUUAAUGAGAAAAUUAUGAAAAUCUUCAUGGAUAAUUUUUCUGUAUUUGGAUCUACUUAUGAUGAUUGUCUUAACAAUUUAGAUCUAAUUUUGCAGAGAUGUGAAGAAACAAACCUUGUACUCAAUUGGGAAAAAUGUCACUUCAUGGUUUGUGAGGGUAUUGUGCUAGGCCAUAAAAUUUCUUCAGAAGGUAUUGAGAUAGAUCACACCAAGAUAGAAGUUAUCGAGAGAAUGCCUCCGCCUACCAAUGUGAAAGGCAUUCGAAACUUUCUUAGACACGUGAAAUUUUAUCAGCGAUUUAUUAAGGAUUUCUCCAAGAUUGCUAAACUUUUAUGUGAAUUACUUGCAAAAGAUGUUCCUUUUCACUUUAAUGAUGAGUGUUUACUUGCUUUUAAUAGGUUGAAGAAGGAAUUUGUCUUCACACCCAUAAUAACAUCACCGGAUUGGAACUUGCCAUUCGAAUUAAUGUGUGAUGCAAGUGAUUUUGCAGUCGGGACUGUUCUUGGGCAAAACCAUGAUAAACGACUUCAUGUCAUUUAUUAUGCAAGUAAAAUGCUAAAUGAAACCCAAGUUAACUAUGCAACAACAGAGAAGGAAUUGCUAGCAGUGAUAUUUGCAUUAGAUAAGUUUAGAUCUUAUUUAGUAGGAUCUAAAGUUAUCAUUUAUACCGAUCAUGCAGCACUCAAAUAUUUGUUAAAUAAGAAAGAUGCAAAACCUCGACUAAUUCGAUGGAUUCUAUUAUUGCAGGAAUUUAAUUUGGAGAUCAAAGAUAAAAAAAAGAUCCGAGAAUUUAGUCGCUGA